ACCCUAUACUGUUCUCAUCUCACUCGCUCUCUUCAUCCUCCGUCCAACUCCAGGAAGGAGGAGUUCCAUCUGUGCUUCUUCUUCUUUCUCUUGAAUCUCUGAAUUCUAAAUCUCUCUGUUCGAUCUCUGCUUUCCAUCUAGGUUUUUUCUCUUCUCCCUCUCACUCUCUAAAGUUCAAAAAUGGCUACCGUGAACAGGCACUCGGAGACUCAGGGUUACCAAGGCAACACACCUGUGACCGCUCCUACCAUGCCGACCUCAAAGAAGCCUGCCCCUACGGAUAAGAACGUCGACACCCAAUCUGUUCUGAAAAGGCUACAGUCAGAACUGAUGGCCCUAAUGAUGAGUGGAGAUCCUGGUAUAUCUGCUUUUCCUGAGGAUGACAACAUAUUCUGCUGGAAGGGUACAAUCUGUGGAAGCAAAGAUACUGUUUUUGAAGGGACAGAAUACAAGCUCUCACUCUCUUUUCCAACUGAUUACCCCUUCAAGUCUCCCAAGGUCAAAUUUGAAACCAGCUGCUUCCAUCCAAAUGUAGAUGGCUAUGGAAAUAUUUGCUUGGACAUCCUUCAGGAUAAAUGGUCAUCAGCAUAUGAUGUGAGAACCAUAUUACUCUCCAUCCAGAGUCUGCUUGGAGAACCGAACAUAAGCUCACCUCUCAAUAUUCAAGCAGCAGAACUAUGGAGCAAUCAAGAAGAGUACAGGAAAAUGGUGGAGAAGUUAUACAAAGCUGCUACUUAGUUUCAAUCUUCAGCAAUUUGGUUGCAUAUACCAUUCUUAAAGAGGGUGGGGUGGGGUGGGGUGGGGUGGGGUGGGGUGGGGGGGGGGGAGAUGAAGAAGAGGGGAUCCCUAAAAGACUUUUACUGUUUUCAUUAUUCUUUCUUUGUACGUUUACUAUGAUUCCAUAUAAUAAAUGUUUGUAGUCUGAUAGUAUUUUUGGUAUUGGAAUUGGAUUCUUCCAGUUCUGAGGGGAGAUGAAGAAGAGGGGAUCCCUAAAAGACUUUUACUGUUUUCAUUAUUCUUUCUUUGUACUUUUACUAUGAUUCCAUAUAAUAAAUGUUUGUAGUCUGCUAGUAUUUUUGGUAUUGGAAUUGGAUUCUUCCAGUUCUGAGGGGAGAUGAAGAAGAGGGGAUCCCUAAAAGACUUUUACUGUUUUCAUUAUUCUUUCUUUGUACUUUUACUAUGAUUCCAUAUAAUAAAUGUUUGUAGUCUGAUAGUA